AUGGGUUCCUUGGUCAGCAAAGAAGAAGAUUGUUUGAAGCAGCGCAAGCUCAUCUUGGUGCUUGAUCUCGACCACACACUCUUGAAUUCGGCAGCUUUUAACGAGGUUGAUAAGGAGGAAAGUAAGUACUUGGAAUCUCUGUACGCUCAGCAAAGUGAAGGUCAACGCAAGCUUCUUCACAAGGGUUUUAAGAAAUGGACCAAGAUUCGGCCUUUUGCACUGGAAUUCCUCAAUCAUGCUAGUAAGAUCUUCGAAUUGUACAUAUGCACCACUGGAUCACAUAAAUAUGCGAUGGCCAUGACCAAGCUGCUAGAUCCAACGGGAAAGCUGUUCAAGGGUCGGGUUUUUUCCAGAUUGGAGGGCCAGGGGAAGCCCAAGAAGUACUUGGAAAAUGUUGUUCCAGGGAAGGAAUCAAUCACUUUGAUCGUGGACGACAGUCGAAGCGCGUGGCCGAAGGACUGCCAAAACUUGAUCCAUGUCACUAAUCGUUACCACUUCUUUAAGUCCAGCUGUCGCAAGCGUGGUUUGCCGGAGACGGGUUGCUUUACCUUUCGGCGGAUGGACGAAAGAGAAAACUUUGGCUCUCUGACCAAUGUGCUCCAAGGAUUAAAACGGAUCCACAGUGAGUUCUUCCGGGAUAAUCUUCUCCCGAGGGACGUCCGGGACGUAGUGAGAGAGCUGGAUGACGGACGCUGGCGUGCUCCCCUCUUUAGUUUCGAAGCCAACAGCAGGGAGCUGAAUUCAUGCAUUAGUAUGGCAACACACGUUGUGAAACGAGGCUAA